GACUGGAAGGCGGAGAACAGAAUGAACGGGUCGGGAAAGGGGAAGGAUGCGGAUUACGGUAGCCCGCCGGCCUGCCUGCCUACCGACGAUGGUUUUUUGGUCGUUUGACAUGAAGACCCGGCAUGACCGCGGUUUGCUGAUACACUGAGCACGGAGGGAGAGCCUGUACUUGAUUGUUGAAUUGUUAUUUCAAUUCUCUGUGGCGGUCGAGGGUGGCUUGGCUUCAUUGUGAGGGGUGAUAUGAUGUUGCAUUAGGCCAUAUACUGUUUGGUAGUAAGUCAUAGGUUUCUCAUUUCAUUUAACGUCAGUUAACCGGAGAAAAAACCCAGAAAGUGACCCUGUCCCUCCACGUUUUUGUCGUUCAUCAUGGUUUUAACCGUCAUUUUAGCAUCAUCGCCACCUGAUCUCCUCUCCUGUGCUGCUGCUGACUGAAUGUCAAACUGAACGGAGAGUAGAAACCAAACAUACCCCCCCCCCCAAAAAAAAACAACAACUUCAUCCCUCAUCGACAUGGAGCCUUCGACGUUGUUGACAGCUCUGUUGACAUGGACGACUUUGUGCGUGCUCAGCAGCAGCGGUCAGUCCACGUCGGAUGCCUCGGGCCUGCCUCGAGCCAUCCGCGUGCCACUGCGGCAAGGCGCUCGCGCUGAACAGCCACCGCCGCUGCUACCCACCGCGGCCGUGAAGCCAGAGCGCAGCAGCACGAGGAGGUUAGCCACGCGCAAGCGGAGGGGAGCAGCGACCAGCGGGAUCAGCUUCGUGGACAUGGUCGAUAACCUACGUGGGAAGUCCGGACAGGGAUACUACGUGGAGAUGGCCGUGGGGUCUCCUCCGCAGAAGCUGAACAUCCUGGUGGAUACGGGAAGCAGUAACUUUGCUGUCGGGGCAGCUGCUCACCCCUUCCUGCGUAGAUACUACCACCGUUCACUCUCCACCUCGUACCGUGACAUCGGCAGAAGCGUGUACGUUCCUUACACGCAGGGUCGCUGGGAAGGGGAGCUGGGCACCGACAUCGUCUCCGUGCCGCACGGCCCCAACGCCACGAUGCGUGCCAACAUCGCUGCUAUCACCCAGUCAGAUCGCUUCUUCAUCAAUGGAUCCAACUGGGAGGGAAUCCUGGGGCUGGCCUAUGCCGAUAUAGCCCGGCCUGACGAGACAUUGGAGCCUUUCUUUGACUCUCUGGUUCGCCAGACGCCUGUCCCCAACCUCUUCUCCCUCCAGUUGUGUGGAGCCGGUUUUUCCCAAAACUACUCCCUGGGCAGCGCCACUGUCGGCGGUAGCAUGAUCAUUGGGGGAGUGGACCCAUCACUGUACGUAGGAGAGCUUUGGUACACUCCUAUCCGCAGGGAGUGGUACUAUGAGGUCAUCAUCGUGCGCAUUGAGGUGAAUGGACAGGACCUCAACAUGGACUGUAAGGAGUACAACUAUGAUAAGAGCAUCGUGGACAGUGGAACCACCAACCUUCGACUGCCUAGAAAAGUCUUCCAGGCUGCAGUCAAGGCUAUUGAAGCGGCUUCUUCGACAGAGCAGUUUCCCUCUGGGUUCUGGCUGGGGGAGCAGCUGGUAUGUUGGCAGGCCGGCACGACACCCUGGCACAUCUUCCCAGUCAUCUCCCUCUACCUGAUGAGUGAAAACCGUAACCAGUCAUUUCAGAUCUCCAUCCUGCCUCAGCAAUACCUGCGACCUGUAGAGGAUGUAGCCUCGGCUCAGGAGGACUGCUAUAAGUUUGCCGUGUCGCAGUCUAGCACCGGGACAGUGAUGGGCGCCGUUAUCAUGGAGGGCUUCUAUGUGGUCUUUGACCGAGAGAAGAAACGCAUCGGCUUUGCUGUCAGCACCUGCCACGUUCAUGAUGAGUUUCGUACGGCCUCUGUGAAAGGCCCGUUCCAUGGCGUCGACCUGGAGGACUGCGGUUACAACAUCCCCCAGACGGACGAGUCCACUCUCAUGACCAUCGCCUACAUCAUGGCGGGUAUCUGCGCUCUGUUCAUGCUGCCGCUCUGUCUCAUGGUGUGCCAGUGGCGCUUCGCCCGCUGCCUCCACCCGCACGGAGACUUUGCUGACGACAUAUCGCUCCUUAAGUGAACAAGGAGAAGAUGUGGGACAAAAAGAGUCAUGGAGACCUACACUUGAAAUAACAGGACCGAGAUGGAUUGCGGUAAAAAAAAAAAAGGGAUGUAAAAUGUUACGAAAUGUUGGUGCUGUUAAAAGAGAGUUUUGAGAAGGUUUUUUUUUUUAGGAAUAUAAUAUAUAAAAAUAUAGGAAACACAGGCAUACAGUGAAUACACAGUGAACCCCGCUGCUAUCAAAUAGAGAGGAUAAGAGGAUUACUACAGCCAUUACUGAUAAAAAAAGAGCACCAAGAGAAAGUUGGUCUCAUCAGAGGCAGAACUACCUAUGCAGUUAACAUCAGCACAGAGGUGGGAAUAUCAGCUUAUUGUUAUAAGGGUCAAUGACGUAUAACGAUUUUCAACAACUCAAUUUUAGAAUAAAAAACAAGCAUAUCUAAUGCAGUAGUUCAAACAUUCAGAAUGUUGUGUACCUGACAAUUCAUAUUACAAUUUGAAAGUGAUUUUAGUGGGGGUUUUCAAGAUUAAUUGGCACUGGCCUGAAAAAAAAGUCAUUUGGUGCGACCAUGAUUCAUCUUGAAAUAUCUUUUCUAAAUAAAAGAUCAUCAUUUACAAAAAUUUAAAAAAAAAUUCAAAUACUUUGUUUCCAAACACUUUUUAUUACUGAAAACUUGUAAAAAAAAAAAAGAUGUGAAGUGUGUUAAGUAAAUUGAUUUAUUUCAAGAUGAAUCAUGGUCGCACCACAUGACUCUUUUUAAGGCCAGUGCCAAUUAAUCUUGAAAAACCCACUAAAAUCACUUAAUUUCAAAUGUAUAAUAUGGAUCUUCAGUUACACAACAUUCUGAAUGUUUGAACUACUGCAUUAGAUAUGCUUGUUUUUUAUUAUUCUACAAUUGAGUUGUUCUAAAUCCUUAUACGUCAUUGACCCAUAAAUAGUGUGUAACUAGACCACAGAGAUGCAUUAGAAUGGAACUUCUGAAGGUCUUGUAACACUGCAGAGCUACUCAUGUGAUUACUGGGCAAAUAUGUACCAACAUGGCUAAAUGAAGAAGAAACUGGUGACCUGGAUGCGUAAUACAACAUGAACAUGGUGUGCUAUGGUAUGAUCUUAACGUGAAUGUGUGGCUAUGUGUGUGCGUUUAUGGGUCCAUUUGUUGCUUAUGAGUAAAUGAAACAAGUUUGAUAUGUGUGAGCAUGCCUGUAUGUAUGUGUGCAUAACUUGUAUUGUAAGUGAUGAGUACACAGAAAGAUUUUACGAAGAUGAUACUUAGAAAAAUUAUAACUACUGAUUUUGAAUAGCAUCUAUGAAACUACACUAUUUUGCAAAUGCCAGCAAAGCAUUCUGCCAUGCAAAUGAGUACGCAAAAAGAGGUUAAUUUGAUGAAAUAUCAGAUCGUAACAGCAUUUUAUUGUAUGAAAUCGGUUUUGCUUAAUUUGAAACAGAGACUACUGAACAAAGUCAGUAUCAGAUGUCGCUUUUCCUUCUUAUAUUGAUAGCUUCAAUGUAUCUAUUGUACAUAAGAUUUGUGCAUUCUAGAUCUUCUAUUUGCGCAGGCACACCACACACACAAACACACACACACACACCCCCUCGACACAUUGCUUAUCCUUGCAAACUACUGCUACACCAUCGGAUGAUUUGCACAUGUGACAACACAUUACACAUGUUAACAAACCAAGACUUAAUAGGGCUUCUCUCACAGACACAGAAACAGCCUAACUCACUGCAUCUUUCUAUGGGGACCAUAACAAAUAUAAAAAUAUAUGCUUGGACAAGGAAACCAGCCCAAAGUAUGUUAAACACUAAAGAACACAAUGUAUGUCUACAAGGGACAGUUUGUAUUGUCUCUGAGUAAGCUGUAAAUAGAAAAACUCAGAACUGUAUAUUUAUCUGUCAGGCGCUGGCAGCACUGUUGAACCAAUAAAGUACUUAU